UCUUGUUCUCUUCUUGAUAAUCGUCGUCUUAUCCUUCUUGGUGUUGAAAUUUUUAGCCAUGAGUUACGAACCAAACACGGCCUUAAACCUAAGUCUAUCAAGAAAUGAUCUUUUACUUGAUCAAUCAUCGUCGUCAUCAUCAUCAUCCCCUUUAAGUCCGGUUGAGCCACGUGUUUUCUCUUGCAACUAUUGUAGAAGAAAGUUUUAUAGUUCACAAGCUCUAGGAGGACACCAGAAUGCUCAUAAACUCGAAAGAACCCUAGCCAAGAAGAGUAGGGAGUUGAGUUCAACCCUCCGCGGGACUCAUUCUAGUUGGUCAAAUCAUAAUAAUAAGAAUAAUCAUCGCUCGUUGAGUCCUAGUGGUCCAAGCCAUACUGGUCAUGGUCAUGGUGCUAGGUUUGUUACAAAUAAUGAUAUAAUAAGCUAUGGAAGAAGAGAGAUGAUGAUGAGUUAUGAAUUUAUGAAAAAUGGUCAUGAAAGUGUUCAAGAGGAUUUUGGACACCUUGACUUGUCCUUAAGGCUUUGAUCAUCAUCACUUCUUUUUUUUUUAAUUUUAUUUUUAGUUAUUUGAUUUUUACU